ACACCAACGCACCUGAUUCAAAGGAUCAACUCAUCAGCAAGCGCCGUAGAAGCCUGAAACGAUCAUGAUCAAUUGACUCAGGUGUGUUGGAUUAGGGAGAACUCGAAAACAAGCAGGAUAUGGAUCUCGAGGAACUGGAUUUCCUUACCCCUUCUCUAGGGGAAGCCCCCCCUUGUACAAGCACAGCGGAGCUCCUUCAGCCCAACCAUGUGAGCAGUCUCAGCGAGCAUCCUCGGGCCCAUUAACUCGCAAAAGUCGUCAAAAUCCACGUGGCCACCCCCUGCAGAAGGACAAAGCAAACUAACCGAGCUAGCAAACGCAGUCCCGUUCAGCAGCCCACAUGAGCGUCUCCAAACCACCGCCACCCCCUUCCGCCUCCCACCUCACCAUCCCUCCUUCCUCUACUUCCACACCCUCUUCAUCCGCCUCCUCCCCCUCGGCCCCACCGCCGCCCUCACCUGUCAAGAUUUCUAUGCAGGAACACUUUGCCAUCAACGUGUGCCCGGGCCCCAUCCUCCCUAUCCCGCAGAUCUCGGACUUCUUCCCACGUUUCCACGACUACCCUUGCACGCCGCCACCUCCACGGGAGAAGAAGAUCCUGAAGGAGGAGACUUUCAACGGGGAGAUGGGCGGAGGCUUUAAAGAUGGCGAGAGGCGGGGGGACAACAGUGGGGACAGGGAGGAAGUAGCUGACUCCGAUGAUGAUGACACCUAUUUGGGGAUGUUGGAGUUCACCCUGCUCUUUGAUCAGGAGAAUAACUGUCUUCAUUGCACCAUUCACAAGGCUAAGGGACUGAAAGCCAUGGACUCCAAUGGGCUGGCUGAUCCAUAUGUCAAGCUUCAUCUUCUUCCUGGGGCAAGCAAGGCAAACAAACUCCGCACAAAGACUCUGAAGAACACACUGAACCCAGUGUGGAAUGAGACACUGGUGUAUCACGGAAUCACAGCGGCUGACAUGACCACCAAAACACUCAGGCUGUGUGUAUGUGACAUGGACAGACUUGGGCGAAAUGAAUUCAUCGGUGAGGUGAGGGUGGCCCUGAAGAAGCUCAGAGAGGGUGACAACAAACGUUACAAUAUGGGCUUGGAGAGAAUUGCACAGAACAAAGAAUCGAACAAUCAAGCCGUGGAGCAGGGAGCGCUCGUGGCAGAGGAGGAGCGUGGACGCAUCCUGGUGUCACUGUGCUACAACACGGAGAAGGGCUGCCUGCUGGUUGGGAUCAUACGCUGCGCCCAUCUGGCCGCCAUGGACUCCAAUGGCUACUCUGACCCCUUUGUCAAAAUCAUCUUGCAGCCAGACAUGGGGAAAAAGUCCAAGUAUAAGACAUCAGUGAAAAAAAAGACUCUCAACCCUGAAUUCAACGAGGAGUUUUCUUAUGAGGUGACGCUGGACUUGCUGGCUAAGAAAACCCUUGAGAUCUCAGUGUGGGACUACGACUUGGGAAUGAGCAACGACUUCAUAGGUGGCGUGGAGCUGGGCAUCAACGCGAGCGGACAGAGACUCAGACACUGGUUCGAGUGUCUCAAAAACAAAGGGAAAAAAGUGGAGUACUGGCAUACGCUCACACAGCAAGGAGCCCCGAGCAGCGACAAAACGGACUAAAUCACACCAGACACACAGUAAACACACAUGCACAUCCCCCUGAAAGAUAACAAGAGAAAAGAACAAAACUGCAAUAAUAAUAAUAAUGUAAUAGUGAUGAAGAUGAAAUCCAUCAUAUAAUGCCAACAGCACCGAUUAUUUGUAAAUGAUCUUCAUUCUGACAUCAGUGAUGUUAAAAAGGUGUGGUGUUUAUUUUUUUAAGGUAAACCAAAUUGCCCUCAUAGGUGUUACAAAGAGAUACACACACAUUGUUGUCAUUUAGACCUUGUGGAAGUCGCUCGAAUGUCCUUGUUCAAAUGUUCAACUAAUGAAGAGAUGAUUAGAAUUCACUCCAUGAACGAGGCCAGCAACAUUGUGAGGCCAUGUGACUCUUUGGGCCUGAUUUACCAAGAUCCCAAAUAGGGAGGCGCUAAGGCACGAGUGCACCCGCUCUAACAGAACGCGACAUGUGCUAAGGCACUUGUGCACCAACUUAACAGAAAGCGACAUGCUUUUGGCAACAAGUGUAAAAGUAGUCCAUUUAAUAGAAGGUUUUCUGCUUGAGGUAGUGCAGAUGGUUUUCACCAUGGAACAUUUUGAAGGGGGAGAAUAAUUUCUUCACGUGUUUGCGGUGCUCGUCACGGGAAGCGCAUCAAAGCCAUGUUUUGUUUGAUUUAACGCAUGCUGAGUACAUGGCAAUUGAAUAUUCAAUUACCAUCCCGUGUAAUCGUGUGUAUGAAGCUUGAGCCAGCACUCCUGCAACCUGCCCUGAGAGAUACCAGCACCUGUGGUCACACUGUGCUGAAAUGAUAUAAGUGAUAUGGCAUGACUCCUUCUUGUGACUGGCUCCCUACAUGAUGGUUUCAAAAUUCCAGUACUGAAGAGACGAUAUGUCAGGAUAAUUUCAUUUUAAAAAUGUUUACACGAGUGGAAAUCGCAAUUCAUCUCAGGUUUAUUAAGUCAUAUAUUGCAUAUACUCCUCUGACAAGCGAAAUGACUGUAUGGCAAUGUUGUGAAUUUGGCGUCGUUGGUGUGCCCGUCAGUCGAUCGGCUUCCACAUCUGUUUGCGUGACCAAUCAUGUUUAUGCCCUUUUCACACACGCAAAUCUUUAGUAAAUCAGGCCCACGGUGUCAAUACACCAUCGCUAUGCUGGCUUAUAUUGUAACGCGGCAUCAUUACUUUUAUGAUACAAAGCACAAAAGUAUCCAUAUGGUGGAUUUGUUCCUUUAACAUGUCUGUGUUUUGAACGAUUUGUCUUUCAUUGUCUUUGUGAUCGUCAUCUGUAUGUGCAUAUGUGUGAAGCAGGCAGUGAGAAUUUGAGUGCCUCGAUUUUGUUUUUGCAGCAUCUCUUUUCACGUCGUGCCCCAUUGCGAAUAUCACAACUGAACUUCAAGAAGCACACUGUGUGGGUCGAUGUAUGCGUGUGUUCGUGCGUGUGUGUGCGCAUGCGUGUUUGACACAAAAACAACAAGGACAUGUAAGCAGUGCACAAGAAUAGAGAAAAGCUCUUCUUCCUCCAGUGGCCAUAGCGAGCGAUGUGCAUUCGUUACUGGAUGGAAAGCGCACUGACAAACUGUCAAUCAUGUGUCAUCUCAUCGACUCACAAUCAUAGAACAGUUUUUGAGACACCUGCAGAAUCUAAUGAGAUCCAAUACAAGACGAGCAUGAAAAAGUGUUCUUCACUUUUGAGUGAUACUGCCAGCAAGGUAUUCUCCAUCCAUCCAAUACUUGUAAAUACGCGUUUGUUGGCAACUACACUGCUCCGAGAGGUGUAGUUAUUUUGCCCUCUAACGACACCACAUUAGCUGAGCACCAUUUUGAUCCAGCUCUUGUAUUGGUUCUCUUUUGAUUUUGUGCCAAAUGAAGUGUCCAGUGAGUGUUUAUGCCUUCGUUCGUUCACUGUGCUGCAUACUCAUCGGUGUACAGAAAGAUUGAUGUUUGAGCGGUGAGCUUCUCAUUGUUACUUCGAGUGUACAAUAUCAAUCAAUAAACAAUGCAACUUUUAUUUCCUGCAGGCCAUUAUCAUACAGUAAUUUAUCCAUUCGGGAACGGGUGCUGUCACUUGAUUUAUGGGAAUAGCAUUGCUUACAACUUAAUACUCGGUGUCCUCGGACACUCCCGACAUAAAGACUUAUUGUCCAUUUCUGUGAUCACGUCCUUUUAUAAUACUACUGAAUAUCAGGUUUAUUUUCAUACACUGAGUGGCAAAGAUUACACAAAGUAUAUUUGUAAAAUUAAAAAAAAAAAAGCAUGUGAAAGUUGGUUGUAAACAAAAGCAUCCCCUGCUAAAAUCUUGGUUUGCUGGCAACGUGUGUCUGCAUAUGGAGCGGCCUUAGUGGCUAUCACUUAAGAGUUUCAACACAGCCCUAACCAGACUCUGCUCUACGAAAGCACGCCCAUAGUCAGUCAGAGUCCUGCGGGAGGUUUUCAAUCCAAUCGAUUCGUCAAGACCUUCGACAACCUUGUGAAUGUCUCAUUGUUGACCACAGAAAGAAAAACUGUUCCGAAUGGGGAAAGGGACUCUGGUUUCCCAAAAAAAAAAAAAAACUGUCAAGAACAAGACUAUGAAAAUAGUUAGAGCCUUGGAAGGCUUCGACAAAAAAGCUUGAGCCACCGUGGCGGCUCAUUCUUUUCUUUUUCUAUGCAUCAAAAGCUCCCAGUGUGACAGCAGUAAGAUUAUCAAACCAAAAUGAAAUGAUUGUGAUACAUUUUUUUUUGCCAGAACGUCCAUCCUUCUUGCAUGCUUUGCUCACAUUUGAUCUUCAAUGUAGCUGCAUGUUUCGCAAUAAUCACCAUCGUGUAUAGUGCAGCGUGCCGAUGUGUUGACAGCUCGUGUCAUCCAUCCUGCCAUCCGCGUGCUCUUUUGUGCAGGCUGUCAUUCAGGAUUGUUGUGUAUAUUAUUUUGCGUUUGACGCUUGCCUUCCGAAACGCUGCGAGUGGUAAUAAUGCAAGGGUGGGGGGGACAAGUCUGUUGUUUAUGAACUGUCACAAUCACAGUGUGACGACUGGCAUCAUGUGGUAAUGUUGUGUCACUACUUCUCAAAAUAAACUAAAGUCGUUUCAC